AGACCUUUAGAAUUCAACAUUUCUUAUAGUACAAACAGAAGAAAAGGAACCUAAAGACUCUUCCUUUGCAUCGAGUACAAGCAACGCAAGGGGAGGGUUAGACUACAGGGUGAACCGGACAAUAUGGAAGGAGACGGCGAGGAAGCCGAAGAGGGAGGAGUUGAAAGCUUGUUGAAAUGGGGUUGCGAGCUUGGAGUGUCCGACUCUUUCCCUCCCAAAACGGCGGCGCAGCCUGGCACCGUGUCUUGUCUCGGCCACACUGUCUCCGUAUCCAACUUCCCCGAAGCAGGCGGGAGAGGGUUGGGUGCAGUUCGUGAUGUUAGGAAAGGUGAAAUGGUGUUGAGGGUUCCUAAGUCAUGCUUGUUGACCACAGAGAGGCUCUUGAUGGAUGAUCAAUGUCUGUCUGCUGCUGUCAAGAAUCGUCCCUCUCUCUCCUCCGCUCAGACUUUGACUGUUUGUUUGCUAUAUGAAGUGGGUAAAGGGAAGAAAUCAUGGUGGUACCCUUACUUAAAGAACCUUCCCAAAUGUUACAGCACACUUCCGACUUUCAGGCAGUUUGAAGUGCAAGCUUUCCAGGAGGAUGAUGCAAUUUGGGUGGCCAAGAAGGCCAAAUGGAAGGCCGAGGCAGAAUGGAAAGAAGCUCGUGUACUUAUGGAGGAACUUAAGUUUAAGCCUACACUUCUAACUUUCAAAAGUUGGCUUUGGGCUUCUUCAACUAUAUCCUCAAGGACAUUGCACGUUCCAUGGGAUGAAGCUGGAUGUUUAUGUCCUGUGGGGGACUUGUUCAACUAUGCUGCGCCUGGAGGGGAUUUGGCAGAAGCAGACAAUACAACUCUUCCAAGGUCCCUGCAAGUUGGUUCUGUGUGCUCUGAGGAAGCUGAAUAUAACAUGAAAUCAGAGCAGUUGGACACUCUUCCUCAGCGAUUGACAGAUGGGGGAUUUGAAGAAAGUGUCAACGCAUAUUGCUUCUAUGCUAGACAGCAUUACGUGAGAGGCGAACAGGUUCUCUUGAGCUAUGGAAUGUACACUAAUUUGGAGCUGCUGGAGCAUUAUGGUUUUCUUCUUGACAACAAUCCAAACGACAAGGUAUACAUUCCCCUCGAACCUGGGGUGUCUUCUUGCAGCUCAUGGCCGACAGAAUCUCUGUACAUUAAUCAAGGUGGCGAGCCUUCUUAUGCACUGUUGUCCACAUUGCGACUAUGGGCCACCCCUUCAAACCAGCGGAGGUCUGUGGGGCAUCUGGCAUAUUCAGGGUCUCAACUCUCUCCAGAAAAUGAGAUGCGCGUUAUGCACCUAAUGUUGAAGUGUUGCAGCACCAUUCUGCACAACCUGCCCACUUCAAUUGAAGAUGACCAACUUCUCCUAUGUACCCUCAACCAAGUGGAUGGUACCGAUACCCCUGUCCAGCUUUUUGACGUGCUUUCGAAACUUGGAGCUGAAAGCCAUGCCUUUUUAGAAACCCUUGGCCUGCGAAGCAGAGCUAGUGUUGCAGUAUCGAUGUCUUGGAAGAUCCAAAGGCAAUUGGAGAGGUGGAAAUUAGCAGUUCAGUGGAGGCUGAGGUAUAAGAGAACGCUUGUGGAUUGCAUCACUUAUUGUUCAAAUGUAAUUGACCGCAUUCACUCUCCGGUGCCUCGAAAUGGAAUGUGCUGACUGACGUUUGAAUCAUCAGAUGCGAGAUUCCGUUUUACCAAGAUGCUUCUAGAGAGCAAUAGCAGAGCAUAUGCAUAUGCUUUUGCACGAGAAGUAUCUUGCAUUAGUGUAGCAAAUGGCAGGUUAUGAUGAAGUCAUCUUUGGCACUUAAAAUUUU